AUGUCGACAAACGCGAAGGAAGAUGGUAGUGAACGGGCCAUCAUCGAGCGCGAAAAUGAGAACUUUUCGGUGAUCGACGCGUUGUUAGGCCCCGAAAGAAUAGCGCAGUUGCUUAUUGUGGGUAGUACUGUGCAUUUGGCUGUUAUAAAGUAUAUGCAAGACGAAAGCGAUUAUGAGCUGUUUCAGAGUAUACUGACCACCGCUGUUGCUAUUUUGGUGGGAUUCGGGAUUUCAUACCGUACUCGCGUGGCCAACAACGGUUUUUACGGAUCAAAGCUUGUGCGGACAGCGGAGUUCGUGCCAGACUUCAACGUACUCUACUUGCUCUAUAUACCCACUUUUUUGUCUUUGCUAUUUGCGCGGCAGGUCACAAUCGUGAAUCUGGCCAUGGCCUUUAAUUGCACUGACUUAGCCGUAUACAUGCGUCUUCCAGCCCAAGCCAUUUUUGUGUUAUUGAGUGAACAAUCAUAUGAUGACAGGUUUACAUUUUUGAAGGCUAUUGUCCUCAAUUGCGUCUUAGCGUUCCUCAUGGAGAAGAUAGGUAAGUUGAAAAGCUUUGACCGCGUCGAAUGCAAUUUGUUCAGUAUAUGCUUAACCAAUGUUUUGUUUUUGAUUGAAUCUCCCACGCUGCAUUUCCAGGUUCUCCAAAAUGUGCUGAAAGGUUUUUUAACCGCAAUUGCUAUCAACUAUCCUCUUAUCAAGAUUACAUCUAAUACGAAGCCUUAUGUCAGGUCCGCAAUUCUCUUCUCAUCCUUCAUCUGUGUAUUUCCGCUCACGGUGCUGCAUAUUUUCAAAGUAGAAGGUCAGAAUCCUGCGUAUUGGCUUUACAAUUACAUCACUUCCGAUUCUACAAGAGUUAAAAUAUUAUCAUGCUGGUUAGCAGGAUUGGUACUUUUGAUUCCAAAUAUUUUGGUCUUCAAAUCUAACUUCUCGCUCGAUUCUUCGCGGAAAAUUUGGCAUUUUAUUAUAUUAGCAUUGGUAGUCCCACCAUUCAAGCAAGACCCUGAAUUUGUGAAAAUUGCUCUAGCGGGAACCGCGGUCACAUUUUUGGCUGUAGAGUACCUUAGAUAUUUGAAAUUGGCCCCUUUUGGUGACGUUCUUGAUGCCAAGCUGAGAUCGUUUGCCGAUUUUCGCGACGAACGAGGUCCAAUUAUCAUCUCUUACAUUUAUUUGGUUAUCGGCGUGGCUUCUCCUAUACUAAUAAACGAUUCAUUGGUUGGCGUCGUUAGUUUGGGUGUUGGAGAUUCUUUAGCAUCGAUCGUGGGCUACAGGUGGGGUCGCCAUAGAUGGCCAGGCACGAAUAAAACCUUCGAGGGCACGGUAGCUUUCAUCACAGCCACCUCAGUAUGCAGCUUGCUUUUCCAGCGCUUUUUAGGGGAAUUCCAGGACAUCACUUCUAUGAAGCUCGUAUUGAUAUGCAUCUUUUCUGGUUUACUGGAGGGGAACAGUGUGCUUAAUGAUAACAUUCUAGUCCCUUCAUUCAUGCUGAUAAUACGCGAAGUCUUCAAAUGA